UAGCGAAAAUAUUUUUAUAGUAUCAACAAACAUGGCGGACGAACGUUGUCGUUUCUUGUUUUGACAGGAAAUGAGCUAAUUUAGCUCUUAGUUCCUCACAAUUUUCUAUCCAUUUAAUAAGCUAUGAUAUAGCUUUAUACUUAAUACAUGUAGGUUGUUUAAGAAUUAUUUUUUUGACUGAGUUUCAACGUAGUUGCUAAGAAAUUUAGGACAUAUUUUAUGGAUGAUUAACUAUCUCCGUUGGGUCGAUACUGGACAGGGUUAAAAUAACCGCCAGUGAUGGGAUCUGUAUUAUCAAAUGAAGUCAAUAAAGGGAAAAGAAGCUGGAGCGAGGCCAAUGAUGACGACGAGGAAGAAAGUGAGGAUACGGAUCAAGUCAUUGAAAUUCCCAAGAGUAAAAGGCCACGAAGGACAUCAGGAUAUAUCUAUCAAACUCUUUUCAAGGACGGAGAAGGAAGUGACAUUACAAUAGCAGCGUUAGGAAAGCAAUGGAAGCUUCAUAAGAUUUAUCUUAAACAGUCUGGGUAUUUUCAAGGAAUGCUGAGUGGGUCAUGGAAAGAAUCAACAGAAGACUUUAUUACAAUUCAAGUCCCUGAUGACAAUGUGACUGUUGAAGCUUUAGAUGUGGCCUUUGGUUCUCUUUACAACGACGAUGUGAUGAUCACCCCGGCAACUGUCAUAUCACUUCUAGCUGCAGCGUCCUUACUUCAGCUUGACAGUCUGAAUAUGCAGUGUUGUGAUGCAAUGCUUGAGACAAUCAACGCCAGCACUGUAUGCGCAUACUAUGCUGCAGCACAAGUGUACGGAGAGUUGGCAGUAGAGAAGAGAUGUAUGCAGUGGUUCGAGAGACGCAUUUGCUCGUCAUGGACAGUGCAACUACUACAGAACAUGAGCAUCGAUCUGAUGGAACAAGUUAUCAAAUCCCCCAACCUGUUCGUCAUGCAGAUUGAAGUUGACUUGUACACUCUCCUUGUAAUGUGGACCUACAUUAAGCUCCACCCCUCUUGGGAGGGUCAGCGAAAGGACCUUAGAGGGGUAGCGACAGGAUUCCUACAGCAGAGAAACCAGCUGACUGAUACGUCCCUGCUGGAAAGUGAUGAAGGCAAGCCAUUUGUCCCUGCAUUCAGGGCAGUGCGGCUGGAACACGUGAUCAAUGACGCGAGAUCGGUACAGCUAUUAGAGAAUGACAAUGUGCUUCCCCAGGAUUGGUUGCAUCCGCUGUACAAGGCCCAAUGGACUCGCAUGCUCACAGUCUACCAAAACUUAGAUACGGGACCUUCAACAGAGAUGACCGUUGACAAGUUCAACUUGAUCGCUCAGAGAUAUGGGCGAAUCCUGGAGAGAAACACUCGUUACUGCUGGAGGUGGACUGGGUUCCUGUAUGGCCUGGACAUCAUCAUCCUUUACAACAAUGUCACGGGAAAGAUCAGUCUUCGCCGCAACACAUACAUCCAUCCAACACAUGGAGUGGUCUGCGUGCAACAGCAACAUAGUUUUGUCAUCCGUGUAGACGUGGCGGCGUUUCCACCAUCACAGAGCAAGGCAGAGGGGCCACAGAGCAGGGCAGGAGAGGGACAGGCGGAGUCGUAUUUUGGGAGUUCUGGUCAGCAAUAUGUAACGCUUGGAUUGGAUGAAGAAGUGCAGAUACUCCAAGUGGAUCUCACCAAAGCGUCCUACCCUCUCCAUAUCAGUACUCACAUUGCCCUCGUACGAGAUCAGAUCCCUCAACUUUGAACUUCACUGGCAACAAGACCGUGGUACGGUAGUGGCUCAGAUAGCAACAAAUGGGAGAUACGCACCCCAUGUUGUCCAAGAGGCACUUCAAUUUUGCCCCACGAACUGGGCUGGAGGGAUUUAAUAUGAGAAACGAGGAGUGCUUCAAUAAUAUACGCUUCCAUAUUAUUCAAAAGUCACUCAAAGGCAGCCUAGCCCAGGCGUUUUUGCCCGGUUUCUGAUCGGACUACCUGUGGAUGACAAAUGUCAUAACUUCAAAGAAGAGCUCGUUCCAGACCAUCUCAUGGUUUAUCUCCAAGGUCAGGAAACUGACUAAAAAUGCCUGGGACCGGGCAGAUUAAAAGGGAGUUAUUCGAGAGGCGAGAAAUGGGAGAAACGCAUCCAAAUUGACCAAACCAUACUGGGAUGGGGGCGGUUGAAACGGAAGAGAAUUUUUGAGGGAAUCUAUCAAUUGACUUUUGGCCAAGAGACCAUGAUGGUCUCUUGCUUUUGUCGUUAUGUCAGAUUAACAAGGCUUUCUAAAGAUAAAAAUUAUACUAUGGAAUUUCAAUAAAGUUAUUUUCUACAGCC